CUUCUGUGCGCGAGCCUGUAAGAGCCAUCCCUCCUGGACUGCAGAAACAUCAGCACGCGUCUGAAGCGCUCUUUGCUGUUUGAUCGGAUACUUCUGCUGAAACAAUCGGCGCAAACGUGCAUGCAUGAAUGAAACAUGGCGCUUAUUUUGGUUUAUGCGUUAAAUAUUGUACUACUUUUUGACUUGGUGGAGGUAAAGCAGACAGACUCGUCUACACGGGAUGCGGAUGCACCGAGGGACAUGCUGGCUAUGCAUAUGUUUAAACUCUAUGAAAAACUGAACAAGGAGCAGCAAUCACACCGGGACGACAAUACAGUUAGGAGCUUCCAGGCACUCCCGGGGUCUUCCCACAACAAGGUCCUCUUUCUUUUCAAUCUGACCUCCAUGCCUGAGUCAGAGGUGAUCCUAUCUGCAAGCCUUCACUUCCUCAGGCCACAAAGCCGGCUAUGGCCCUUCAGCUGCCGGCGUUCCAGAGGGCCCUUGUGUCACAGCCAACACCUGCAGCCUUCCACACCAGUAAAGCUGAUUUUUCGAGGGAUGUCACAAAACACAACCUUCCCACCCCAUCUGGGUAACAUUACAUUGCCCCCUCUGAAAAAAGGACACUGGCAGAUGUCUGACAUGUCCUCAGUUGUCCAGUGGGCUCGUGCUCGAAACGAACUCAUAAUUUCAGUGGAGUUUGAUUUUGGAGAGAGGCCCCAAUGGCAGCAGGAUCACCUCACACCUCACACUUUGCCUUAUAUUCUCAUUUUUGCUAAUGACCUGACCAUAAACGAACCAAACAGCAUUGCCCUGAGCUUGCAGAGGUACAGCCCUGUGGGAGAAGACAAAGGAAACAGACCUCCCAUUGUCACUCCAAGCUCCAGGAUCAGAAGAGCAGCAGAGCAAUUGCAGAAUUUCCUCCCAAAUGUCCAGUAUGAUGAUCAAAAAAACAAGGAACUGUGGUACAACACUUACUUUGCAUUAAAGCCCAAAACCUUGUCAAAGGGUCAAGGUGGGAGACAAGGUCCUGAAGUCAGCAACGGAGGAAGUAGGACUCAGGAGCUGAGCUUUGAUAAAAGAACCAUGAAAAAGGCUCGGCGUAAACAGUGGAGUGAGCCUCGAGUCUGCACAAGACGUUACCUGAGAGUGGAUUUUGCAGAUAUUGGUUGGAGUGAGUGGAUUCUAGCCCCGAAAGCGUUUGAUGCCUAUUACUGUGCAGGAACAUGUGGAUUUCCCAUGCCCAAGGUGGUUCAUCCCUCUAAUCAUGCCACUAUACAGAGCAUUGUGAGGGCAGUGGGGAUUGUUCCCGGAGUUCCUGAACCUUGUUGCGUUCCUGAGAAGAUGAGCGAACUGGCUGUGUUGUUUCUCGACACCAGCAGGAACAUGGUGCUGAAGCUCUACCCAAACAUGUCUGUGGAGACCUGCGCUUGUCGAUAAACAUGAUUAGCAUGGGCAUUCAUUUUUUAAUAAAAACACUAUGGACAAGACUGCAAGACUUCUCCAAGGCUUUGGGAAGGCAAGAUAUGUAUUAGUUGAUAAGAUGUAACAGGCAGUCUACAUCUAACUAAUGUCUGAAGCAGCUACUAGAACGAUGCUGUUGAAUUUUUUUUAUACUGGUUUUGGGUACAGUUGCGUAGUGCAAUACAUCAACUAUACAGAGAAAUAUUCCUUAAAGUCACAGUAGAAUUCUUUCUAAUUUAAUAACAGACAUCAUAUUUAAACCACUAAGCCUUUAGUUCAUUUGUAUACAUUUGGCAUAAAAAAAUAAAGUAUCAUUAUAACCCCUUAAUCCUAUUAUUUUCAAAGGGAAAAGAAUUGGAACAGUAAAAAAAAUGUUAUUAAUGAAACCUUUUAUUUGGUUCAAAACAUAGCUGGAAACACACAUUAAUCUCUGUGAGAUCUGCUUUGUAACAAUAAAUGCCUUCAGACAAGAGAAAUCCUGUAUGCUGGAGGGGUGAAAUACUGCUGCCACCUAGUGCCAUUUCAUUCAGAAUUCAACAAAAAAUCAUUUUCAUUCAUAUUCAUCCUGAGGAUCAUACACUGAUUUUGCUUUGCCUCAUAAAUAUAUAGAUAUGAACACUAUAUAACUCGAUUAACUAAUAAAUUAAUUUACUACUUAA